AUGCGUCUACCGCGCACUUUUCCAGCGCUUUGGCUCUGGGCCUUGCUACCCUUGGCUACCCCCGGCAUUCUGUGCUAUCCAAACACCCAGACACAGCCGGCACUGGUCACCUAUGUGACCACCUCGUCGACGUCAAGUCAGCGGAGCCACUCCGCCAGUCCAAUCCUGCAGCCCGCAUUCGUCUAUGACUCACCCCUUCCCGUAGAGGAAGACAGUUCCAAUCAUUCCCUGCUCACAUCCACAUUCGAUGUCCGGCACGAGGAGGCGACCGAGUCAUCGAAGAAAGUCAUAAGUUCCACUGCGAACCCUUCAGUGUCCGUGGUUCUCGAUGGAAAUGAGCCGCAAUUCACAGAUGCCCUUGGACACAAAGUUCCCAAACCACAGCCGUCAUUGCAAGUGGCUAGUCCAAUCGUUCUCCUUAACCCAGACCGCUACGAAUUCUACACGUUCGACGAGCACGGAGAGCUAGUCAAGCGGUUGAUGACCAUGCAGGAGAUUCAGAGUAUCGUUGCUAAUGGCGACGGCGAGGGACCGUCUAUUAUCCAUCCGGCUCCGCUAGGUGAGAGCCAUCCCGACAAGAAUGUUCAAGACAUAGUGAACAGUGUGCAAAAUGUCUUAAAUAAGGAGAUGGCCUCGAACUCAGCAAAGAACAACUCCGGGGAACUGCUUCCUCCUCUUUUGGACACGCCCGACGUCUCCUCUUCAUGGUCACUCAUAUUGCCCGCCAUAUUCGGCAAUACUGGUGGGGAUAUUUUCCCUCAGCAGCGUCCACAGCAAAUUAUGAUGACACCCGAGUCGGAACUUCUGGAAACGCCCAACAAGACGACGCUACGACCAACGAUGGCCACAAAGAAACCAAAGCCCGCGAAGCGUAAGCCGGGCACAAAACGUAAGACGACGAGCACUACCGCUGUAACUCCGCAGGUGGUGCAAGAGGAGCUAGACCCAAUGGAGUCCGUGUACACGGGCAUGCAGCAAUACCACCAGGUCGCCUCGAAUAUGCCACAUUUUGAGCUCGGGCACAUGCAGCCCAUCUACCAGAAGCAACCAAGCAGCACAUCAGAGCGCCCGGAAACAACCACACGAAGGGUAUUUUACAACAACCAUGCGAUAAUUCACACGCCCACCUCCUCGAGCAGCUCCCCCUCCAGCGCCGAAGAUGUGCUUACACACCAACUGGCCAAAAAGCCAGCUAGUGUGGAGCGCAAGCCGAACCAGCCACAUCGAGUGAAAAAGCCUAACGGUGAUGGUACAGCGGGAACUACAUCUCAUGCCGUAAAGCUAAAGAUCAAAAGAAAGACAACCACCACGUCAACGACGACGACGACCACAACCACACCGGCUCCAGAGCCUGAAACACAGCCACCCGCUCAGGAGGAGCCUGUAUCAGCAACAACGGAAAGUACGACAACAACGACACAAGCACCAUCCUCGACCACACCCAAAAAAAAGAAACGAAAACCAACCAGAACACCGGGUACAGGAUCUUCUGGUGGUAGCUCCAAGCCAUCUAAGCCGAAACGCAAGCCAACGUCUAAGCCUAGGCCACCGGUCCAGGAAGUGAGUGGAUCCCAGGUUGUAGGAACUCAAAAGCCUUCCAGACCGGAGAGACCACACAAAAAACCCUUACCAACAAUUACCACAUCUACCACUACGACAACGUCAACGCCAGUGCCAGAAGGAACCACUACAACUACCUCUUCCAAACCAGUGACCACAAGCCUUGAGCCCCAAGUUACGGAGCCACCGGCAGAGAGUACAGUUACCACCACUUCAGAACAAGAGCCUACAACAACGAAUACAACAGAGGCUUCUUCUACAACACCAACUGAAGAAUAUACAACAACAACCACCGAGGCACCCACUUCAACAGUUGCACCUUCUAUGACCACGGCAAUACCAGCACUACACCAUCAGAAAUUGCAUAAUAAACCUGCCAACCGUCCACAGACUCAGCACCACAACUAUGGAUUCGGUCGUCCAGUUCAUAGCACCACAACUGAAUUGAGUAAGGUUGCUGGGGAGCCACAGACCGAUACCUAUGGCAUAGUUAAUGUAAUUCAUUCCUCGACCACCACAUACAAACCGUUUUAUCCGCUGCCAAGCUACGACGAUGACGCCGUCCAAAAUGUGUCUACUUUACUACCUCUACCACCAGGGCAGCAUAAGCCUCUGAAAAAGGCUCCGCUGCCUUCGCUAGCGCAGCUGCAGCAGCAAUUGCACCUUGGCUCACCAUCGCCAGCUCCACAGCUCUCGCCCGAUCAGAUUCUCUCCAUGGAUCAAAUAGUGCAGUCACUUACCCAGGACUUGUCGACUACAGACAAGGGUGAAGAGAGUUCCGGUGCAGGUCCCGUAAAAUACGACAGUGCGGAGAGCAAACUCGAGAUAGAGGCCCUAGCCAACAAGAAGAAAGUAGCAGUCAUCUCCAGCACCACACCAGCUUCAACAACGACGACUUCAAGUUCUCCUGGAACAACUACCGCCACCAAACCCACCAAAUUAUCGACCAGCCACAAGACGCUUACUUCCCACUAUGGUGGCAGUACUUUGGCCACGAUGCUCUCCGAGGAAGUGGAGGAUGUCGAGCUCUCAGAUUCUACAGUGGUCCAGCAGCAACCAGCAGAGACCACUGCCAGCAACCUUGAGAACAAAAAUGAGGACCAAACACCUAUAGUUGUGAUCACCGCCAGACCACAAUAUUUUACAGUAUCAAGUUUGCCGGAACCACUGCAUCACAUAAAGACUGAUCACAGACAGGAGGAGACGGAGACCACCGAGUUGCCCGGACAGACACAGUUUCUAGUUACAACACAGAUGUCACAAGUGGAUGAAGUGGAAGAAAGCACCGAUAAGUCUGUUAUAGAGUCAGUUUACGAAAACGUUAACGAAUCAACCCCCUCUGACCUAGAGGUGAAGCAGGAGGUGGAUGAAGCGUCUGUCACCACAGAACAGGCUAUUCGACUUCCAGUCUCAGAGGGCAGCACAGUCGCUGAUAUUGAUAGUACCGAAGUUACGCCACUGAUCGCCGACCUCGUUCAACAACUCAACCUGGAAAUGCUUAGGCCCACGGACCAAAUAUCAAUGUCCAAUUUUCAGACCCAGGCGGCCACUGUGGCCUCAACGUUAGUUGACGGUAGUAAUAAUCUUGUGUCAGAUGUUUCUUUAAAUUCGAACGAGACAAAGGAUGAGCUGGAAUUCCUUAUAUCCGAUGUUAUUCAGCAAAUAACUCAAGUCGAUGAAAACAAGAGCCCGACAAAAGCCCAACCAGCCGACGAUUCCAAUCGCCUAACCAAUUUCGCCCAACUGAAUACCUCCUUCUUGCUCCAGCCAAACUUAGAGAAAACGGAGGAUCCUCAUCAGGCAUACCAUAUACAGCAGACGCACGGCACAACAGCCGCGGGCCCGUUCAAGAAGGAAUCAACAUCUCCGGAAGAUUUGCCUGAAAGUUCAACGUACUUAGAGACGAGCACGCACCGAAUUCCGAUUUUAUCGCUGUCCCAGAUUUAUGCGCAGCAACAGCAAGACGACGAUGAGGAGCAGCAAGUUUUUGCCAAUGAACGACUAGAAGUUCAACCAACUUUAGAGACCGUCGGGCAGGAAACCGUUUCAGCGCUAGAGGAGAUGUACACAGAAGUCCCUUCUGUGGAAACCACCAAUGCUGACAGUAUUGAAACCACAGAGCCUCAACCACAAGUUCCCACACAGGAGACCACUUCUAGCGAGGAGGGUUCCGGCAGCGAAGAACCAACGACCACUUAUACCAACAUCCCUGAAAGCAACACGAAUCAUGAAAAUGAAGAGAAAAUGCCGGAGCUGUUAAAAAAUGAUUACUACGAGCAGCAUCAGACUCAGAACAAUGACAUCCGGGAAAAGGAAACAAAGCCCAAGCUUUCUACGUCGGAAGAGCCUGGGUCAACAAUGCAUCAGUCCCUGGAAGAAGAGACAACACUACCAACUAAUGUUUAUCAAGAUGCCCAGGUGGAAGAGCAAUCAUUAACAACGGAAAGGCAUGAGUUUUUAGAACCUCAGCCGCAAGAAGCCCAAAUUGCAGCUGUGGAGGUCAGCGCCACCAAUGCCGUUCAACAAAUGCCUGAGUAUCAGUCUCCGCCCAGCGAUGAACGAGAGGAUAAUUUAACGGUCACUGAAAUUCCGGGUGAUAUGUCUUUGGCAUCUUCAGAUUCGGACAUGUCGCUAAGCUCCGAGCAGGUGACUGAGAAAAUCGAACUGAGCACAGUGAAAGCGCAACAACUAAACGACGAGUCAAUGGAAGAAAUUUCCGACGAACUUACAGCUACCGUUUCGCAAGAACGGGAUGUUGAAAGUGCGGAGCCGGUAACAAGUGCCCAGAAAAUAGAGCUAGACAAUGAGGAUCCCUACGUGAAGCUAGGCGAAACGACAGCGACAGUAGUAAGGCCAAUGAAUACAAAUUCCGAAGGUUUCGGCGAGAAUAAGAGCGUGACUGAAUCAGACGAGACUAAGUACAAGGUGAAAUUGUCCUUUAUUAACUACGGGAAUCCGCCAGUAGAUCAAGCUGAUGAAGAAGACGAAGAUGAUCAAGUAGCUUUCGAAAUAACUCCCAUACUAGAUAGCAGCACCACAGUAACGACGAGCACCACUAAAAACACCAUCACGGAAGCCCCAGCUAGAUCAACAACUACUACUAGUGCCCCCCUACCAACUACAAAGCGACUAAGCACUUUAAAGCCAGUUUCUUACUACGUACAACCAUCGCUAGUGGGGGGAUACAACCAACUGGAGAUACAGCCGCCAAAGGUGCUACCAUACAAUGCUAAUAAGGCAGACCCAGCCCAACCCCAAGACCCAAUCCAUAGCCAAUCGAUGCUCAACCAGCAGCGGCCCUCCCAACGGCCACCUUUGCUUAUCAAUCUUAUGGCCAGCUCUACACAAUCAACUCGACCUCCCGUUAAGAUAGACCCAAGUCCCGAAACCUCUCAGGGGCUGGAGGCCUCCACCGCGAUGAUGAGCGAGGAUCUGCAGUCCUUCGCCGGCCUCUGCAACGAGCUGGCUUUCAGCUACUGGCGAGCUAUUACCUCGGAAAAAAUCAGCUCCGCCAGAAGUUUGGUCAUAUCUCCGUUCGCCCUCACGUCCAUGCUUUCUAUGGUCUUUCUGGGGGCGCGCGGUAGCACUUCUGGCGAGAUGAACGAGAUUCUGAAAUUGGACGACAUGGUCACCUUCAAUCCGCAUCUCAUCUUUAAGAAUAUAACCAACUCAGUGGAACAAGCUACGGACAGCGAUAUAGCAACUACGGCUUUUGUGCGUGAAAUAUUCAGCGAUAGGGCCAACGGAAAAAUUCUACCCUUCUUUAAGGAGAAGACCCAGCAACUUUACGCCGGACAUGUUGAGGAGGUGAAUUUCCACGUGGUUAACGACAUCGUGAGACGUCGAACGAACCUUCUGGUGAAACGCCACACGAUGGGGAAGGUUCUUGAGUAUCUACGCACAAACAGCGUAUGGGUAAACGGCCCAUUGGCCACCAUCUCGGCCAAUCUUUUUCAGACAGACUGCUCGCAUGGAUCCACCACAGAUCGUGAUGGAGAGAUGUUCUUUCAAGUGCAUCCCACAGUUCGCCAGCGCCGGCUCGUGCCUAUUCCAGCAGUCCUCUACCGUUCCGGCUUCUUGGCGGGCUAUGAACCCAAUCUCGAUGCCACCGUCGUUUCCUUCGGUCGAGUUCAGAACACUGUUAGCACAGUCUAUGUAAUGCCUGGGCCCCAGAGCUCCAUUUCUCCAAUGGACAGCCUUGACCGCCUAGAGCGCAGUCUAGUGGAGACGGCGUUUAGCGACAAGAAGGCCUGGCGUAGGUUGCUCACCUCCCUUAUGGAUCGACCAGGAAUGGAGGUGCAACUACCACGCUUUUCACACCGCUCUUUCGUUAACGCCUCACUGGGUCUGCAAAAGAUGGGACUGCGCGGUCUCUUUAAGUCUGACUUUGCCGACCUGCGAGGUCUAACUGGCGCCGGAAACCGCGACAUUUUCCUGUCCGAUAUGAUACAGAUCAACACGUUCAGCACCUGCGGCGAGGAGAAGAUCUCGGAGCACCACCACGUGGAAAUGUAUCCCGCGCCCCCACUGCGUAAGCGAAACAAGGACGUGGAUGCCACAGAUGACGAUGCCUUCGAUUCUUCGGAGAGUGUCGUGGACUUCGGCUCGUUGAUGCAGGAAUCUGCACUGGGACGGGGCUUCUACGAUGAUCUUCUGGACCCGAAAUACUUGGAACUGCCGUUGCCACUCCGUCCACGGCAGGCUCGUGUCCCUGACGCACCACGACUGCGCUUCGACAAGCCUUUCUUGUACUUCGUGCGCCACAACCCUACGGGUAUGAUUUUGUUCAUGGGGCGCUUUAACCCCCGACUGCUGCCGUGAAGCUAAAAGACUCACAAGCAAGUGUGGGUCGUUUUCUUGUUAAACCUUGGAAAGUGACUUAGUG